AUGGCCUCCGCAACCCAACUUGAUGGUGUGGCACAGUUGCAGUAUUCCAAACAUGAUUCUGAGGCCGGACGCAGAGUUGAGGCACUCACUGAGCAGGCCAUUCGGAGGCUUCAGCAGCGCUUUGAAGACAAUAAGGAAGCUGCACUUGAGGGCAUCGUCGCUCAAGUUCUAUCCGUGUGUCCAACGCUCCAUCGAAAUCUCGUGAGCACUCACUGA